AUGGCGCCAACGAUGCAGCCUACAAUGCAGCCCACGGCGGCUCCGACCAUGGCGCCGACGAUGCAGCCCACGGCAGCUCCGACCAACACCUGGACGGAGCAGACCGCUGCUGGUUCACGUGACUGGAGGUCGAUCGCGUCCUCGUCCGAUGGCACGAAACUUGCCGCCGUGGUAUAUAAUGGCUCCAUCUAUAAAUCGACCGACGCGGGCGUCACCUGGACGGAGCAAACCGCCGCUGGUUCCCGUCAGUGGAACGGAAUCGCGUCCUCAUCUGAUGGCAUGGUACGU